AUCAAUCCAAUUAAUCUCACAAACAUAAAAAUGAGUCUAAUCAAAACCACAUCGAUACGCUCAUUACGAGAGAUAAUUCUGGAUUAUAACUGUAAUAAAAUUGCUUGUGUUAAAAUUCUUAAAGUGCAACAAUUCAACAUGUUUUCAACUUCAAGUGAUUUAAAAACUUCUUCGCAAACCAAAACCAUCGAUUAUCAAAGCUAUUUAAAUACUGUUGGAAAACUGAGAAAACCUUCGCUUAUCAGAGAGAUGACAAAAAUGUUGGCCACAGCGCCACCGGGGACCAUUUUCAUGGCAGGUGGACUCCCAAACCCGGCCUUGUUUCCGUUUCAAUCUCUCACCGUUGAAUUGGACUCCAAAACCAAGUUAAACCUAGACCAGACCGCGUUGAGAGCAGCUCUUCAAUACCAACCGACGUCGGGAUAUCCUCCAUUACACGCCGAACUAAAAAAGCUUGUCCAGCAUUUUUUCAAUCCUCCCAAAAUGUCGGAUUCUGAACUAAUUGUCACCGUGGGGAGUCAAAAUGCGCUGUGUUCCGUUCUGGAAAUGAUACUGGAACCAGGGGAUGCCGUCGUUGUGCCCAUGCCAGUGUACAGCAGUGUACUUUCCCUCAUGGAUCCACAUCGCCCGCAAUACCUGGGAGUUCCAGAAGAUGCGGAUGGAAUGCAACCACACCUACUGAAAGAAGUCCUGAACAAUUGGAAAGGGAAGACUCCGAAGCUACUCUACGUCAAUCCGACAGGCUCCAACCCAAGUGGGGUUGUGAUUCCAAGUGAGAGAAAACGCCAAAUUUAUGAAAUUGCUCGACAACACAACCUCCUCAUCCUGGAAGACGAUCCUUACUACUUUCUCCACUUCCUUGAUAAAGAUCCGGAAACCUUUCUCUCCCUCGACGUUGAUGGACGUGUGCUCCGUUUCGACUCAUUUUCUAAAGUUUUAAGUUCUGGACUUCGCGUAGGAUUCGCCACAGGGCCGAAAGAGUUGAUUCGCGUGUUGGAACUCUCCUUGCAAGCUUCAGUCCUGCACGCCUCGUCACUUUCGCAGGUUUUAGUUCACGGAAUCCUAAAAUCGUGGGGGAUUCAUGGCUUUGUCAACCACACGACAAAGGUGAAGCAGUUCUAUAAACGGAGACGAGACUUGAUGGUGGCAUCGGUAGAGAAGCAUUUGAAAGGCCUCGCCGAGUGGAAUCUACCUCAAGGAGGAAUGUUCCUCUGGAUGAGAAUGCUUCACGUUGAGGACACUUACGAGAUGGUGAUGGAGCGUGGAAUCGGGGAGAAAAUUAUGUUGUUGCCCGGCCGAGAGUUUAUGGCCAGGAGGGAAGAUCACUGCCCAUACUUGAGAGCUGCUUUCUCCGUCAUCCCAGAAGACGAGAUGGACGAGGGAAUGGAACGUCUGAAAGCGUUAAUAAAACGGGAAGAAGGCUUGCAGCGAAGAAAACAGUAGAUCAGUUAUCUUGAGUUGAUUUCCUACUGAAUUAAACAUGCAUGCACUGGUUUGUUUGUGUGUAAUGCGGAGCAAUAAAAUUUGAUAUAUGCGUAAAUAAUGACGGAAAAGUAAUAAAUCAUGGCGAGCAUAUGGUCAUAAA